AUGAAGUUAUGGGACAUUCUAGCCACGUGUUUGUUGCUCCUGAGCUCCGUUUCCGCACGUCCCGUCUUCCACAAGCUGCAGCCAUCCAAAAGAGCCGUCGUCCGCAGUGAGACGCCCGCUCUGGACCCCAUCAUUGACUCCCAACCUGAAACCACUAACCAAAAACAAGCCUCCAUGGAGGAACAAUAUGACGUGAACAGUCUUUACCCCGAGCAGUUCGAGAGCGUGAUGGACUUCAUCGAAGCCACGAUCGGCCGACUGCGCAGAUCCUCCGACAUGGACUCGCAAACCAAGCAGGACAGGAGCCGCCAGAAAGGAGCAACAAACAACGAGAGGAGCGGACGGGGACGAGUAGACCGGAAGAGGGGACGCGGUCGAGGCGGUGGAGGCCGAAAGGACAGCCGAGACGACAGGGUCAAAGGUCAAGGGCGUGGGUGUCUGCUUAAAGAGAUCCACCUGAACGUCACAGACCUGGGCUUGGGUUACAGGACCAAAGAGGAGCUGAUCUUCCGCUACUGCAGCGGCCCGUGUUUCGACGCCGAGACCAACUACGACAAGAUCCUCAACAACCUCACCCACAACAAGAAGCUGGACAAGGAGACGCCGUCUCGGACUUGCUGUCGGCCCGUCGCGUUCGACGACGACAUCUCGUUCUUGGACGACAGCUUGGAAUACCAUACUCUGAAGAAGCAUUCGGCUAAAAAGUGCGCUUGUGUUUGACGGACGAAACCAGAGCGAAUCGCUUCAGACUGGUCCACAGGACUCUCAGUGAGAGAUACACUCAGUAUUCACUUUGUUACCAAACCACAUCGUUUAUCCAGCAGCAAACAUGGUGGAAUAAGGAGCGUGGAUUAGUGGAUUAUCACGUUUACACAGAGACAGACUCCACAUCUUAAAUAUCCAGAAAGCUAUCUAUUAUAUAUAUAUAUAGUAUAUAUGAAAAUGUAUUUAUUGAGAUUUAAUUAAGUUAUUGUUAUUUAUUGCAAUCCAUUGUAUUAGAGUGUUUGUUUCUCUUAUUUAUUUAAGGAGGGUUUUCUGUUCUCUAUCUUGGAUGGUGCCAAAUUUGAGCAUGAGUUUUUAAAGAAGCCGUUCACAGUUUGUCAUUUACUCAAGCUCAUGUUGUUCAAGACUUACGUAAAACACAAAAUUAGAUGUUAAGGUGCGAUGUGUGUGUGUGUAUGUAUGUGUGUAUAUAUAUACACACACACACACACACAGGACCAUUUUUGCCUUCUAAAUUUCACUGAAAUGUCACUAAUCUUAUGCUCAGAUCUAAUACAUUUCAUAUAUUAUAUAUGCAAAAAAAUAAAAAUAAAAUAUAAAAUUUCAUUUUUUUUCUGAUAUUAAUAUUAGAAAAUCUCAUAAUUGCAAAUCUCUUAAAUCUCAUGGUCAAACAUGGGGUCAAACUUUUUUGUAAUAUUAAUAAUAUUUAAUAUUCAAAGUUUUAAGUGACAGACAGACACAAAUUUAAUACGUUAUUCACAGCAAAUCUAUCAAAUCUCUUGGUCAAAGAUAUUAUUUUUCCCUAAUAUUAAUAAUAUAUUUUCUAGUAAAAUCUAUUAGGAAAAAUAG